AUGGAUGCUACAGCAGCCCGAUCCUGGAUGCUCAACUCGGAACUGGAUCCUAAUGUGCAACAGCAUCCGGCAAUAGAAGAUGGGACAUUGACUGGACAGAAGGUAGCUGGAAAUCAUGCCCUUCAACCGCUUCAGAAGGGUCAUUUGGUAUUCUAUUUGGGAGCAGAGCGAUUGAGGUGUCUUCGGGAGCUAGUAUUAUGA